UCCGCAUUACCGCGAGACAACGAGGAAAGAGUCGCCUCGAGUAACCAUAGAAAUGUUAGCACAUUCUCAUAUUUUGACAUCGAAAUGGAGACGGCAAAUCACGUGCAAAACGUUGCAGAGUACGAUUUGUAUACAAACAUCAGCUUUGAGGGGAAAAACGACGAAGAAAUCAAGUCAUGUUUGUUGGAUUAUUUGGACUCAUGUAUGGCAAACAUCUCGCCAUUUCUAGUGGACUACAUAUGGCAACGUGACUCCUUUCACCUGACUCCUGUAAUUCCAGUUGCUCCAGAUUCUCUACCACGUCUUCAUGGUGUAACCGACUUUGGCGAUAAUAUUGAUGAUGAGUGGUUUCUAGUGUUCCUUCUCUAUCAACUCACAGCUGCCAUGCCUGAACUGGUCGCAAGUGUUCAUGAUAGUGACGGUGAAUUCUUACUGAUUGAGGCUGCAUACCAUUUACCAAAGUGGAUGGAGCCAGAGACAAGCAUCAACAGAGUUUUUAUCUACAAUGGUGAACUACACAUCAUCCCAAAGCCUGGCAGCCCAGCUGAGCUAGCCUUCUUACCAGCAGGUGUUCCUUCUAUAUCCCAUGCCGUAGAAGUAGUCCGCAAACAUUCUCAGAAGACACUUGCCAAACCUAGCAUCAGAGAAGCAGUCAGAGCUAGAGUCAAUGAAUUCCCUGCCAAAGUUCAGUCCAACUUCCACCACACCCACUGCUUGAUGCCAGCCAAGCUAGCAGCCAUAUUGAAACACCAGCCAGGUUUAAUAUCACCGGCAGUCGAGGCCUUCUACCAGAGAGACCCUAUAGAUUUAAAGGCUUGCAGGAUAAUGAAGCGUUUUGCCCCAGAGAAUCUAGUUACAUCUCAGGUUAAGUUCACUCGUUGCCUGUAUGCUCAGCUGGUUCAGCAGCCAUUUCAACCUGAUCGUAGGAGUGGCUGGAAGCUCCCAUCACCCACAAGUUCAAAGUUCAAGUCCGCUGAUCUUGGCAUGAAACUGGCCCAUGGUUUUGAGAUUCUGUGUUCUCGUUGUCAUGGCAACAGGAAAGAUGCGGAUCCACCGGACAUCAUUACCUCUGAACCCGAGGAUCUAGCAACAGGAGCAAGAUGGGAGAAGUUUCUUCAAAGUCUGACAGAGAAAGGAUUCUUUAGGGGAGAACUAGAAGGUUCCAAGCUGUACAACAAAUUAAUAAAAUCUGCCAAACAGUUUUAUGCUAGCAUAGUCACUGGAAAUGAACAGACGAGUCAGUCAUGGCUUGGCGAACCUGGUCAUCAGAUCAUGAAGCUUCUUGAGACGGUCCAUUGUGACAUCACACAGCUGAAGAACGAAGAGAAGAAUCUCCCAAAACCUGACAGUGAUCGCUGGAUGGAACUCGAUUUAGAGGAACUGGACGACAUGAUCGCAAAGGCUGCUGGGAAGGCACCGCGAUCGGCUGCAGUCAGCAACAAGUCUAAAGCAGCCAGGGGUCAGAAGUCAGGAGGUCAGACCGAUGAGAUGGACUUUGACCCAGGCAAAGUGACAGAGUCUCUGAAGUCGUUUGUGGAUGCCGUCUCAGGGCUGAAAGGGGCCGAGUUUCCAGCAGGUGGGGGUGGGAUGGAAGAUGUAGCUUUUAACCCGGAGGAGUUUGAGCAGGCCAUGAGGAACAUCUUGGCACUAGAUUUCCGAGCACCCAAUACAGCCGAUGACUCGGACUCUGAUUCUGAUUUAAUGAGAGACAAAGACUACCAGUCUGGUGACGACACAGAUGAUGAUGACGAAUACCACGAUGCUGAAUCAGGAGGAUCAGGAGAUGGAGGUUGUCAUGGUGAUGAUGAAGGGAUACGGGAGCUCAUGGAGCAGAUGGAUCGAGAGCUGGCCAGGACGGAAGUGGGCAAGAGCUUUGAGAGAGAAGGACAAGCAAAGGAUGAUCUAGCGACUCACCCUACAAUGGAACAGCCCAACCAUGAGAAUGGCAUGGACACUCAUGGACCGUCCCACUCCACGACGGGGAGAGACAACCACCAAGAGCUGAGGGACGAUGGUGAGGAGGAAGAUGAUGAAUACAGACCGGUGGAAGUGGAUGUGAAUCUCUUGAAGAACAUUCUAGAAUCGUAUAGCUCACAGCAGGGGCUCGCCGGGCCUGCGUCUAAUAUUCUCUAUUCGAUGGGGGUCCAUGUUCCGAUGAAUGCUGAUGAUGGGGACAGAUGACCCCUAACCCCUGCUUUUGAAU